AUGUUUCCAAACGACGAUCUCAGAGCCACAGAGUGGCUCUAUGCGAGCAGGAUGGAUGGCCAAGAGGUAGCAGACGAAAUACCUACAUGCCGUAUCUGUCGAAGCGAAGAAGAGCCGGAUGCCCCCUUAUACCAUCCAUGCAAAUGCACUGGUAGUAUCCGGUACUGCCAUGAAGACUGCUUGGUGCAGUGGCUGCAGCACAGUCAGAAAAAGCAUUGCGAGCUGUGUGGAUACCAUUUUGUGUUCCGAAAGCACUAUACCCAUCAAAAUUCAGGAGGCAUUGUGCCCAUCAUGAUGUAUGUACGAUACUUUGUGGUACGACUUGUUCAAUUGGCCAUGUACUUGCUUCGACUUGUCGUCGUGGCUGUGACGUGGUUCGUCUUGGUACCUUAUGCGACGCGCCGGAUUUGGACAUCAUAUAUUCAGUCAUGCGACUGGUUCGCAGAGUUCGUGUUGCGACGGCCCAUCGUUGCCCUCAGCACCAAGGUCGCGGAUGCUCCCACCCGGCGCACAGACUCAACCCUUGUUGCCCUCAUGCGCUUCAUUGUGUAUGAACUCACAAAAGACUGGAGUACUUCUAUCGCAUUAACGAUCGCUGUUGUCGUGACGUUUAUUGGGAUCUUUUUCCUGCGUGAACAUAUGAUGAAUGCCCAAAUCCUCGCAGCUGAUCAUGCGGCGGUCGAAGAAAACGCGCCGGACCACCAACGGCACAUGCGGCAACUAGCACAAGAUGCCAUGUUCUUGGCCCAGCAGCGUAUGCAGCGAAUGCGCGAGUUGGAUGUGGAUGCCUUGGCGCGACGUGAUCAGAUGCAGGGAACGCCCCCAGAAGACGAGGACGAAUGGGAAGAUGAGGAGGAGCCAGAGGCGCAUCAAGAAAUAGUGUGGGAACCACGACUACAUCUUGAACCGCGGCGUCGUUUUGUAGGUGCACUAACGCCUGCAGACACACCACUCGAUGAAGGCGAGUGGGUCGACGAGACAGCCUCAGACCAGGAAGAAGACCGCCAAGACGAUCGGCAUGUGGAAGAGAACCUGGCGCCGCUACCUGCGCCGGCUAUUCCGAAUGCCGAAGAAGAGGAAGCCGAUGUCAAUGAGGAAAACGAGGAGCUGGAUGAAAAUGCCGAACACCUUGCUGAGGAUAUUGACGCCACAUUGCAUGCUGUCGGCCUUCGUGGGCCAUGGCUUGAUCUGGGGCAGACUUUCAUUCUUGUCCAGAUGCUGAUUAUCAUGACCAUGUCAGUGUGCGUAGCCAUUCCGUAUGGUGUUGGACGUGUACUCGGUUUUCGCGCAUAUGAUAUGGUUCUUCUUCCCGCCAAGGCAUUGCGUCUGAUAACAGACCCUAUAUUUGAGCACAUGAUCCGUGGCCUAGCAUGGCUUCUUCCCAUCUCGGGUCGCGUGACGGCAUCUGAAUCGCAUGCGUCGAGCCUGUCUUUGCCCCCGUGGCUCAGCGUGCCUUGGCAAGGUUUCGCAAGCAUAGGCAAGGCGCUGGACGCUUAUACUUGUGGUGGCCAUAUCACGCAGCGUGCGCUUUGCGUGAUUCUUGGCCAUUUGUACAUCUUAUUACUUCUCCAGCUGGAAGCUCGAUACGGGACAUGGCUCCACGGGGGAACGACGCACUUUGUGGAUGUUAUUGUCAAGUACUAUGGCACGGCGCUCAAGUCGGGCAUGAUCAUGCUUCUGGACUUUUUGGGGUUCCCUGUUUUCUGUGGUCUUGUCAUCGACUGGUGUUUUUUGCCUCUCUUUGAAGGCGCAUCAAUAGCCACGCUCGUGGGUCAUGCACAGGCUGCGCCCGUGUCUUUCUUCUUCACGCGAUGGGUGUCGGGAACUGUGUAUAUGUUCUUUUUUGCGCAGUUUCUCGGCGGCAUACGCUCUGUCGUGCGGCCCGGUGUCAUGUGCUGGAUUCGUGAUAAUGCAGACCCAGACUUUCAACCGAUGGCAGAAAUGGUCGAAGACAGUCUGCGAUUACAGCUGUUGAAGAUGGUGGAAUCAGCCAUUAUGUGUGGUGCGUAUGCCGUCAUCGUCAUUGGUGGGGCCACGCGCGCCUUGCAUCUUGUGCCCGGUCUGUUGCCUCUGCACUGGGCGCCACUGACGCCGCGUACUUUGGUACCUGUGGAACUGAUCCUCAUACACUUUGGGCUGCGUAUCGCUGUUCGACGCAUGCGAUUCAUCUAUUUCGGCAAGCGUCUCUUCCGUGCGUUCUGGAUUUGGACUGCUCGAUUUGUGCGCAUGAGCGCUUAUAUUAUGGGUGACGAGCAGCCGCAUGAACACCAGCGUCUAGAAUAUGCAUCCUGGGCGGAUUGGGCACGUUCGUUCCUGCAGUCUGUUCCUGCAACGCGCGUGGACGAUGGUGGCUAUGCUCGCGUUCCUGCCAAUGAUCGCCCAGCACCCAAAACGGCCAUGUUUAUAAGGACAGAUAAGCAUGGCCACCCAGUGGAUGAGCAGGCACGCGAGCUUCUUCAGAAACAGCACACUGUGCUCGAUACAAUGCAGAACAAGUCGCCAUACACUAUUGUGUAUGUCCCGUCGCGCCUGCGCCUGCGCUUGUGCGUCAUUCUUGUGUUACUCGGGUCUUUGUGCACAUUCGUGGUGAUGAUGGCACUAGGUGCGCCAUUGCUUGCAGGGCGUCUAGUGGGAUACUGGAAUGCCUGGCCCCCCGUACAUGAUGUAUACACCUGGCUCGUUGGCUGUGUCGUCUUGGGUGGACUGGUGCUUUUGGGCCGUGCCGCGUAUACGCUGAGUGACGCGCGGCAGUAUCAACGCCUAUCCAACGCGCAAGAAUCGAAUGUAAAAAGCAUGAUCCGCGGCACUGUGCGCUUUGUUUACCACAUGGCGGCCUUUGGCGGAAUAGUGCCGCUACUCACAGGCGCAGUGCUACAUCUGUACAUCCUCACGAACGCGUCAGACGUGCCCAGGUUUUCGGCUUGGUACGCAUGGGCCUAUGGCGCAUUGUUGCUUAAUGCGGCCCUGAUGAUUGCCCUUCUGUUGUUCCCCGAUCACGUACCGCUUCUCUGGGACAUUCACGAUCACAUGCAGGCUGGCCGGCUAUGGCGCGUGCCGCUGGGUCCCGUCUCUCGUCGGAUCCUCGCACCUGUUGUCGGUGCAUUGACCGCAAUACUUGCUGCCCCGUAUGUGCUUGCCUUUAUGGGCCUGUUUUUGACAAACGGGCUCGAUGCCCCUAUCACCACCCAGCUCAAGUAUGUGUGCGCUGCUCAAAAUACCAUCCUAGUGUGUGCCGUAUGUGCCGCAGCUAGGCUUUACAUUCACAAGAGACUCCAUUACUGGACGUAUGCGCUGCAUGAUGAGCUUUAUCUUGCAUCAACUGAGCUGUGUAACUACGAAGUGGGACAGCACAGAUUGGCGAGCGACGCAUUCCAAUAUGGUUCCUUGCCCGAUGCCGUACUGCGAAGUGGAUAG